CGGAUUCGGGCGAGGCGAUUUCCGCCAAGCAGAAAAGUUGGGAGAAGCUUGGACCGACGACUAUAGGUAGCAUCGACCAUGGAUAGGAAGCUUGCUGUCAGAUUCAACGAAUGUGGACAGGUUUGGGCCAUUCCUCAGUUUUCCAAAGCAGUCUCUAUCCGCUCCCUCGUCAAAGUUCCACUGGGCGCGGAGGCGAGGAGCAGAUCGACGGUAGUGAAUGAGGCAGGAAGCUGGCGACCGGAGGAUUUAAUCGUCUCUGCAACAGUGCUCGCGCAUGCGAUUCAUUGUUUCGAAUCUGUGGAACUGCGGUGGUAGCGGUGGUGGGAGCGAGAUUUGGGAGGAAGUGGAGGCAAUCGUCAGUGGCUCCCAAGUACAGAUUUAGUUUGGCUUCCUAAAGAACUGCUUCUACGAACAAACCGAGCAAUGGUGCAGCCAGUCUCUGCUGAAGCUGAUAACAAUAAUUUCGAGGCACGCGGCCUUUCUUCCUCUCACAAUCUGAUUGAGAAUUCAAAGGAUAUUCACAAGGUGGGACUCCCACAGAGGAGGAAGCUCGUCAGUGAGUUUGCAGACACAUUCAAAGAGACAUUCUUCGCGGAUGAUCCUCUGCGCCCUUACAAGGAUCAACCCAGAGCAAGGAAGCUGGUGUUGAGCCUUCAGUUCUUGUUUCCAAUCCUCGAAUGGGGAAGAAACUACAACCUUUCUAAGUUGAAAGGUGACCUUAUUGCCGGCUUAACGAUAGCUAGUCUUUGCAUCCCUCAGGACAUUGGAUACGCUAAGCUAGCCAACAUGGAUCCAAAAUAUGGGCUCUACUCUAGUUUUGUUCCGCCACUAAUAUACGCGGCAAUGGGUAGCUCAAGGGACAUUGCUAUUGGACCAGUGGCGGUCGUCUCUCUCUUGAUCGGAACUCUUGUAAGGAAGGAAAUAGAUCCUACAACUAACAAGGAAGAAUAUCAGCGGCUUGUAUUUACAGCAACCUUCUUUGCUGGUGUCACUCAGGCAGCACUUGGUUUCCUGAGAUUAGGGUUUCUUGUUGAAUUCCUAUCGCAUGCUGCCAUUGUUGGAUUUAUGGCUGGAGCUGCAAUCACAAUUUCACUUCAGCAGCUGAAAGGAUUUCUUGGAAUUAAAAACUUUACUAAGAAUACAGAUAUCGUUUCAGUGAUGAAGUCGGUUUGGGGUUCUGUUCACCAUGGGUGGAACUGGCAGACGAUAAUGAUCGGGACGGUCUUUUUGGCAUUUCUGUUAUCGGCUAAGUACAUUGGAAAGAAAAAUAAGAAAUUUUUCUGGGUACCUGCAAUUGCACCGUUGAUAUCGGUGGUCCUGUCCACUUUUUUCGUAUAUAUAACCAGGGCCGAUGAGCACGGUGUACAGAUUGUGAGACAUAUAGAUAAAGGACUCAACCCAUCCUCGAUCAACCGGAUUCACUUCCACGGUCAUUAUGCUGCAAAAGGAUUCAGAAUUGGUGCGAUAGCUGCACUGAUAGCUUUGACGGAAGCAAUCGCAAUUGGAAGAACAUUUGCCGCCAUGAAAGACUAUCAAUUGGACGGGAACAAGGAAAUGGUUGCACUUGGAACCAUGAACAUAGUUGGUUCAAUGACUUCUUGCUAUGUCGCGACCGGUUCAUUUUCGCGAUCUGCUGUCAAUUUCAUGGCUGGCUGUCAGACAGCGGUGUCGAAUAUCGUUAUGUCACUGAUCGUCAUGCUUACCUUGCUAGUAAUCACGCCCCUCUUCAAAUACACCCCAAACGCGAUACUUUCUGCCAUCAUUAUUUCUGCCGUGAUCAGUCUCAUUGAUAUUGAAGCUGCAACUCUCAUUUGGAAGGUCGAUAAGUUAGAUUUCAUCGCGUGCAUGGGAGCUUUCCUCGGUGUAAUUUUUGUAUCCGUAGAAAUUGGCCUUCUAAUCGCUGUCGGCAUAUCAAUUGCGAAGAUCCUCCUGCAAGUAACAAGGCCUCGAACUGCUUUACUUGGGCAUAUUCCUCGAACAACGAUAUAUAGAAAUGUCGAACAAUACCCGGAAGCAACCAAAGUCCCAGGAGCUUUGAUAGUGCGAAUCGACUCUGCUGUCUAUUUCACAAACUCGAACUAUGUCAAAGAGAGGAUUCUUAGAUGGUUGAGGGACGAAGAAGAGCAGCUAAAUGCUAAAAUUCUCCCAAAAAUAACUUUCUUGAUAGUCGAAAUGUCCCCUGUUAUAGACAUUGACACGAGCGGAAUCCAUGCCUUCGAAGAACUGUAUAGGACCCUCCAAAAGCAUGAAGUCCAGGUUAGUCGUGUUAUAGUUCCACUUCUCCAAUCUACCAACACCAAAACUAAUGUCUACAUCUUUCUUUCUCGAGCUUGUUCUUGCAAAUCCCGGCCCUGUGGUGAUUCAGAAACUCCACACGGCCAAGUUCACAGAGCUCAUUGGCGAGGACAAGAUAUUCCUCUCGGUCAGCGAAGCCGUGAUGGCUUGUGCUCCAAAAUCAUUUGAAGUUGUAUAGAGUUCGAGCUUGGAGUGUAACGAAGCACACAAAGGCAGAUUUCACUUUCAAGCUCAUUCUUCUAUAAACUAUGAUUGGUGAAACGCUCCCUCUCAAAACAAAAGGUGGUGAUAUUUGUUAUGGUAGUCUCAUAACAAAAUGGAUUCCUCUAUGAAUGUGAAAUAUUUACAAACAGAUUGUAAUGUCAUAAAGAGGAGCCAUAGGUUAGUUGAGGCAAAGUUACAAUAAGUGGUGUUUUGGAUGGCUUUGAUGUUUUAAAGUGGAAAGUUAACAUCGAUUCCCAAUAUCAUUAAUGCAUUGAAUCUUUGACACUGUUA